CCCCUUGUGUGGUACGGUACUUCCGGUUCCGGCCCCAUUGUUGCAAAGCGAUGGCGGCGCGGGCUGGUUUCCAAUCGGUGACUCCGGGGGGAUCCGGGCCAGCAGUGGCCGCUUUGGGCCCUGGAACACCAGGCCCGGCUGUAAGGAUGGGCCCCGCCCCGGGGCAAGGCAUGUACCGAUCUCCUAUGCCCGGAGCAGCUUACCCGCGGCCUGGGAUGCUUCCAGGCAGUCGGAUGACCCCUCAAGGACCAGCCAUGGGUCCUCCAGGUUAUGGAGGGAGUCCAGCUGCCCGUCCAGGGAUGGCUCAGUCAGGCAUGGACCAAUCCCGCAAACGGCCCGGACCUCAACAGAUUCAGCAAGUGCAGCAACAACAAGCGGCUCAGAAUAGGAAUCACAGUGCUAAGAAGAAGAAGAUGGCUGACAAGAUUCUACCUCAGAGAAUUCGGGAGUUGGUACCUGAAUCUCAGGCUUACAUGGAUUUAUUGGCCUUUGAGAGGAAAUUGGAUCAGACAAUUAUGAGGAAACGUCUUGAUAUUCAGGAAGCCUUGAAAAGGCCGAUCAAGCAAAAACGAAAACUUCGGAUCUUUAUUUCUAACACCUUUAACCCCGCUAAAUCUGAUGUUGAGGAUGGAGAGGGGACUGUGGCAUCAUGGGAGCUGCGCGUAGAAGGACGUCUCCUUGAGGAUGCUGCUUUGUCCAAAUACGAUGCCACCAAACAGAAGAGGAAAUUUUCAUCCUUUUUCAAGUCUCUGGUGAUUGAACUAGACAAGGACCUGUAUGGACCAGAUAAUCAUCUAGUGGAGUGGCACAGAACGCCGACCACACAAGAGACGGAUGGGUUUCAGGUGAAGCGCCCAGGAGAUGUCAAUGUGCGCUGCACUGUGUUACUGAUGCUAGAUUAUCAGCCGCCUCAGUUUAAGCUUGACCCCCGCUUGGCCCGUCUUCUUGGUAUCCACACCCAGACUCGUCCAGUUAUCAUCCAAGCCCUAUGGCAGUAUAUCAAAACUCAUAAGCUUCAGGACCCUCAUGAACGGGAGUUUAUCCUCUGUGACAAGUACCUCCAGCAGAUCUUUGAGUCUCAGAGGAUGAAGUUUUCCGAGCUUCCGCAGAGACUCCAUGCCCUCCUUAUGCCACCGGAGCCAAUCAUAAUCAAUCAUGUCAUUAGUGUGGAUCCAAAUGAUCAGAAGAAGACCGCUUGCUAUGAUAUCGAUGUUGAAGUGGAUGAUACUUUGAAAACACAGAUGAAUUCCUUUCUUCUCUCUACUUCCAGCCAGCAAGAAAUUGCAGCUCUAGAUAACAAGAUCCAUGAAACUAUUGAAACAAUCAAUCAACUGAAGAUUCAGAGGGAGUUCAUGUUGAGUUUUGCCCGUGAUCCUCAAGGAUUCAUCAAUGAUUGGCUGCAGUCUCAGUGCCGAGACCUCAAGACUAUGACUGAUGUCGUGGGCAAUCCAGAAGAGGAACGCAGGGCAGAGUUUUAUUUCCAGCCCUGGGCUCAGGAGGCUGUUUGCCGAUAUUUCUACUCAAAGGUGCAGCAAAGACGCCAGGAGCUGGAACAAGCCCUAGGGAUUAGAAACACAUAAAGCAAGCUUCCUUUGGAUGUAUUGAAGAAGAGUGUUCCUCACAGCCAGCGUCUCGGCAUCUUCUUGAGGCUUUAGGAAGCUGCUGUAGAUCGUUCUGGAUUUGAGGCCUCUGUGAAACGACUGACACGUGGAAUAUGGACACACUACUAGUUAUUUAUACUGUCCUCAGAUGUUACAGAUCUUAAAAGACCAGAAAAUCCUUGGAGGGCUAGACUUGUGUUAUAUUCUGAAGGAUCCAGUACAUUUAUUUUUAGACUUUCCUUAAGUGUCAUUAUUUUUUAUUGUUUUGUGUAAUGUUCCUUAUGUUUAACAUAGUAUUCCACCCUCCCCAGAGAGAAAAGAUGCCGCCAGCUAUAUCUUUUGUAGCCAUUAACUAUGCGCGCUCCUAUGACUAGCGGUUCAUACCUGUCCUGGUAUAAUUGUAAUGCACACACUGUAGAGGCGCGAUGGGGGUGUAGUUUAUACUCCACACUUGUGUUCGUCCAUCGCAAUGGCCGCCUCAGCCGUGUGUCAGCAGCAAAUACAUUCUGAAUGAACACUUGUGCAGUGGGGGCGCUGUGUGUACCUGAGUUCAGCCCUGUUAUCUGGGACCUCACACGGUUGUACCACAAAAACUAGAUGACCCCCCUUUUUUUUUUCUUUUUCUUUUUUUUUUUUCUUUUGCUGAAAAGGUUACAAGUCUUUAGACUGAGAAAAGUGGUCAGUAGAUUUCAAUAAUGAAGGACUCUUAUGUGGAAGAGUGUACCGUAAUGUAUUCUACAGCAUUGGCAGUCUGAGGAACGGGCUCUUAAUAUGCUGCUUAGCCUUCCAGGGUACAUCCCGACAAGCCCCCCCCCCCCCCAACCUCCGUCACUGAAUGUGCCCCGAGCACCUCUAUUCUCAUACAAUGUAGCCUUUUUAUUUUUAAGCAGAUUAUGGUUUUGAUGGACCAAAAUAUUGUUUUGUACCUUGUAGUCAUUGCCAAGUUUUAAUAAAAGCAAGUUCUAAUUAA